UUCGGCUUGCUGCCAGGGCUGUGCCUAACACAAAGUGCCCAUGCUAAGUCUCUUUGGGCAGCAGAGCCAGCAAACAACUUUACAGAUAUAAUCAGGACAGCAUAUCCAAUUGGCAACGGAAGAUUAGCUGGUAUUGCUCGACUAUGUAAACCUCUCAAUAUCUUACUAAUUUGGCAACAGNCACUUCCAUUCGGCAAUCCUGGGCACGAGAAACUCAGCUUGAAUGUGGAUUCCUUGUGGAGUGGUGGUCCAUUCGAGAACUCGAGCUACAAUGGAGGCAAUCCUCAAUCUUCUGUGUCGUCUUCUCUGCCAGGUAUUCGCGACUGGAUCUUCAAGAAUGGCACAGGGAAUGUCACUGCUUUGAUGGGAGACAACAACAACUAUGGAAGCUAUGCUGUCCUUGGAAACCUGUCUAUCUCGAUUGAUAGCAUAUCCAACUUCACGGCCUACAACCGAUCCCUUGAUUUGGCAACUGGUGUGUAUGCAACCGCAUUUGAAGCGAAUGGCAGCAAAUACACGAGUGUUUGUGUCUACGAGCUAUCUUCGUACGAUCCACUCCCAGCUAUACAUAUCUCGUUCGAGAAUCUGCAGUCGAAUGCCUCCCUGGUCAGCUCUACAUGUUCGACAUCCUCAAGAACCGCAUCACUCUUGGGCAUUACUCGCGCAGAAAUUGGUAUGCUAUAUCGCGCCGAAGCGAAAGUCGAUAAUAGACUGUCAUCGCUUUCCUGUUCUUCGGGUGUUCUCACAGUCAACCCAAGUCCCAAGCAGCGAUCUUUGGUUCUUAUAACAGCGGCUGGUACUGAUUACGCAGAGACCGAGGGUACUGCGGCGAGCAACUAUUAUUAUAAAGGACCAGACCCAGGAGAUUAUAUCUCUACUGUCGCCGCGUCGGCAGCGGCAAAGGGCUCCAAAGCCUUGUUGCAUCGCCACAUCGCAGACUACACCGCUCUCUCCUCACGCUUCACUCUCAACCUUCCAGACACAGCUGGAUCAGCAGGGAAACCAACAGUAGAGCUGUUAGCCGCUUACCAAGGCACCGAAAACAUCAGAAGUGACCCUUACUAUGAAUCCCUCCAGUUUGAUUAUGGUCGUCACCUCUUCAUCUCUUCUUCACGCCAAAACUCGCUUCCACCUAACCUCCAAGGAAAAUGGGCUUACGGACUCGAAAAUGCCUGGGGAGCUGACUACCAUGCCAACAUCAACCUGCAGAUGAAUCACUGGGGAGUUGAUCAGACAGGACUUGGCGAGCUACAAGAUGCACUAUGGCGAUACAUGACAGACACCUGGGUGCCUCGAGGUACUGAGACUGCAAAACUGCUCUACGAUGCACCCGGCUGGGUAACUCAUGAUGAGAUGAAUAUUUUCGGCCACACUGGGAUGAAGACUGGCGAUGACUAUUGGGCAGAUUAUCCAGCAUCGGCGGCUUGGAUGAUGUUGCACGUCUUUGACCAUUUCUCCUAUUCUCAGGACGUUGACUGGCUUCACAAGACAGGGUAUCCAUUACUCGAAGGUGUGGCUUCGUUCUGGUUAAGCCAAAUGCAAGCAGAUGAAUGGUUUGAUGAUAGAACUCUGGUCGUAAACCCUUGCUCCUCGCCAGAGCAUGGCCCAACCACUUUCGGCUGUGCGCACCAUCAACAACUUCUACAAUCUCUCUUCACAAACACCAUCUCCUCUGCGAAAGCCCUCAACUACACAUCCCCUCUCCUUUCCAACCUCACACUCGCGCUACAGAAUCUAGACACAGGCCUACACGUCAAUCCUACCCUCCACACACUCCAAGAAUGGAAGAUCACCUCUCUAGACACCUUCUACAAUACAAACUCCACCCACCGCCAUCUCUCCCACCUCGUAGGCUGGUACCCAGGCUCCUCCCUCUCUGGCAUUUUAUCCGGCUACACAGAUUCCACCAUCUCCUCCGCCGUCAAACAAACUCUCAUCCAGCGCGGCCCAGGUAUCGCCGACUCAAACGCCGGCUGGGAAAAGGUUUGGCGCGCAGCUUGUUGGUCGCGCCUCAAUGCCUCUUCUCAAGCUUACGACGAAUUGCGCCUCACCAUAUCCCAAAACAUUGCUUCCAAUGGGCUUUCCAUGUAUUCGGGCAAAAACGAACCUUUUCAAAUCGACGCGAAUUUUGGGUUCGUGGGGGCGGUGUUGGCAAUGUUGGUUGUGGAUAUUGAGGAGCUGGGGAGUGUGGUGUUGGGGCCUGCGAUCCCGAGAGAGUGGGCGGGUGGUAGUGUCAAGGGAUUGAGAGUUAGAGGUGGUGGUAAUGUGGAGUUUGGCUGGGAUGAAGAGGGAGUGGUGCAGUGGGCAAAGUGUGAAGGUGUCAAAAGGAGAGUUGUCAAUCUAAAAGGAAGAGUGUUGUGUUAG